AUGCCCUGCUCAAUCCCAUCAAAGAAUCAUGCUUCCAUCUGGGAAGAUGCUCCAUUCCUUCAAGGGUCAACUCGGUUUGAGCCUCAGUCCGAGAUCAACAACAUCAUGAUCACAGGCGGUGCUGGUUUCAUGUUCAUCCACGUAUCCACCGAUGAAGUGUAUGGAGAAGUCAAAGAUGGCGGAAAAGAUCUUCUGGAGGACGCCCUACUUCUCCCGACGAACCCAUAUGCGGCAUCCAAGGCAGCUGCGGAGAUGUAUGUAGAAGCUUAUCGCAAANGCUUCCAGGUCCCGGCUAUUGUCGUGCGUAGCAACAAUGUUUACGGACCACACCAAUUUCCUGAGAAGGUUAUCCCCAAGUUCUCUAUGCUCUUACAGCGCAACCAGAAACUGUCACUUCACGGCGAUGGGACGCAUACCAGGAGAUAUCUUUAUGCUGGCGAUGCAGCUGAUGCGUUCGACACCAUACUCCACAAAGGUCGAGUUGGUCAUAUAUAUAACGUUGGCUCUUCGGACGAGAUUUCCAACUUCACGCUCUGCUCUAUGCUGUUGGGAGAGUUCGAACUUUCCAACGAAACCAAAGACGAAGUCUACGAACACGUGGUCCACUGCGAGGAUCGUCCUUUCAACGAUCAUCGAUAUGCUGUGGAUGGCUCAAAACUCAAGCAGUUGGGAUGGCAACAGAAGAUGCCGUUCAAAGAAGGUCUUCGUACCACCGUCGACUGGUACCGGAAAUAUGGCGCAACAUGGUGGGGCGACAUAUCAGACCGGCUCACUCCAUUCCCUACAGUACCGUCAGAAGAGCAGAUUGAUCGGGCAAGAGACACAGAGCUGGCGAGCUCUCCUAUCAGGCAGAAGAAGAACGGAAAGCGUGGAUUCGAUGAUGUCGAUGGAUCGCCAGACGUGAAAAGACGCAAAGAACAUGAACACAUCGACUCUGUUCUUGGUGCAGUCAAAGCCUAA